AUGGAGUUUGGCCUUGCAACCCGCGACGACGAUUAUAGGGGCGCCGGCGGGCCCCCGUUCUUUGCCAAGACGCGGCUGAGACUACCCCGACCACCUGCCAGCACCAAACGCGUCGCGUCACUGCUGUGUCUGGGGUAUCUCGUCUACCUGGCUCUGAACGUCCUUGGGAACAGCGGUCCUCAAAGUCAGGCAUGUGGAACGGCUGCUUCACACGAGCCUGAUGCGUUGGUUCGUGGACUGGUCGAGGGCCUCCCCACGGCGCGAUUUCGAGACAACCUGAAGAAUACCACGAAAUACAUCACCUCAUGGACCAAUGCAGGAUGGACCAAUGAUGUUAUGACCCUCGGUAAUAUGAUAUACAUGGGCAAGAUCACCGACCGAGUCCCCAUCAUGCCUCCUUUCGUCGCCACUGAACACGUUGAAUGGGGUUCAACACCACUACCUUUCGGCAAAGUCUUUGACAUUCCUCGCUUCAAGAAAGAUGCAGGAAUAGAUCUCCUGGACUGGCACGAGGUGAAACAGCCGGAUAGUGAGGAACUUGAAGACAUCGGUUGCUGGUCGGUAUGGCAAACUGCCCAUGGGGAGAACAAACCUCGAGACAGUUUUACACCGAGUACCUUGAAGCUCGAUAUAUCUUAUACCGGGGUCCCGGAUUGGACGGUCGUUGGCCGUAACGACCAUGCGCGGUUCUGGCCCUUGGCUGCUUUGGCAUUUCCAGAAACUCGAAAAAGCAGCCUGGGAACGCCUCUUCCGUCACGAGAGCAUGGUGUUUCUCUAGACCCCGAUGACCACUUACUCUGCUUCGAUUUUUUGUACUACGUGACAGCUGGCCCCGAGUUAUUCGAGUACGAGCACGACUACAGCCCAGCGUGGAAUCAUGUAGUAUCCAAGCUGCGGUUCACGCCACAAGUUGAAGAGAUAGCGCGCAAGUACAUUCGGAAGACGUUCGGCCUUAAGAGCAAUGAGCCGAUACCGCCAUACAUCGCCCUCCACGUACGGCACGGCGACUUUCUCCGCAUGUGUGGCGAUAAAACCAAGGACGAGUGCAUGACGCCCCUCUCAACAUGGGCACACACAGUGGAACUCGUACAACGCGAGCUUGCCGAAAAGCAUGGUAUUUCUGCCACUCGUGUCGUGAUGACCAGCGACGAGAAGGACCCCGCCUGGUGGGCAGACGUUACUUCCUUGGGCUGGGUUAAGAUGGACCGAACUAUAGAUGAGCCCGUCGAACGUUUCAGUGCAUGGCACGAUAUCAUCGUAGAUGCUAUCGUACAGUCAAGUGCCAUGGGUCUUGUGGGAACGGCCGGGUCCACUAUGUCUCUCCUCGCCGGGAGGAGAACACAGGAUUGGCACGGUGGCGUUUACAAACUCGUGCAUUCCGUCAGAUAG